GAUUGCAGUGUGUAUCAAGUCAUUUUAUAAAUAACUUCAAUGUGUUCGGUCGCGCCGUCGGGCGAAUAUUGAAAUUACCAAAGACUCAAGUGAAUUAAUAAGUAAAUAUAACAAAUUUGUUUAUGGUCAAAUACAGUCGCAACGGAUUGAGAAAAAUGCGGGCAUGCAAAUACAUUUUUAAUAACUAUAAACGUGUGCUAUACUGUUGUCGAUGCAACAGCAAAUAAGUGGGAAAGAAUGAGAGCGCAAAGCAGAUGGCAAAGAGCGUCGCGCCGCAUUGGUGUUGGUUUAUACAUGUGUGUGUGUGUGUAUAUGAAGUAGAAAGCGGCGAAUCUGCAAGUCAAAACAAAACAAACGUGAAACGUAGCCGAAAAACGCCUGCGUGUGACAGUGUGUGUGUGUGUGAGUGUGUGCGAGCGUAAUAAGAAAAAGGCACACAGCAAAAAGCAAAAAAUAAAAAAAUAGUGCAUACGAAGAGCAAGCGCAAAACGCAACUGAUGAAAUUCGUGAUAUUCACAAUUUUAUAUUAACAAAUGGUUAAAUAAUAUUUAAGCCAGGGCUUUAAAACGAAAAACUGAAAAUAAAAAAAAUAACGCCUGCCAACCAAAAAAGGGGUAUUAUUUAAACAACGUAUGCAAAAACAAUAAUUGUGUUAAAUUGUUAUUGCCGACACAUUUGCGCCUUUUGUUGCCUUGAGCUACAAUUUACUACGUAAGGCAUAUAAUACGUAGUAUCUUAUUCCGUCACGCAACGCUAAACAAAUUGGAAAUCAAAGAUGAGUCGUCUGCAAAAACAACAACAACAAAUUGUUAGCAGCGGCAGCAACAACAACGCGAAGAGCAGACGCAAAAAAGAGGAUAAUGAAAUGGUGAAACAUAUGAAUGGACAUGCGACGAAUGGAAGUGGAAGUGGAAACGGCAAGUCAACGAAACGACGUCGACAGAGCGACGAAGAACAACAACAACACUUGACCAAUGGAAUCAGCAGCAAUAAAAAUGUCAAACUGACAACUUCCAGUUCCAGUCACAACAACAACAGCAAAACGGUUAACUACAAUAACAACAACAACAGCAGCAGCAAUAAGAAAAACAAUGCAAAUGGACGUCAAUACAACAAUAAUAAUAAUACAAACAAUAACAACAACAAGAAGAAGCAGCAGACAACAACACAAACAACCACAACAACAACAACAAAUAUGGCCUACAGUUACCGUAAUAACAUAUCCACCAUACCCACACCACCCUCCCCUGCCUCUCCAGACAUCGUUUGCAUUUCGGAUGCGGAAAGUGAGGAAAACGAAUGCGUCGAAUAUUAUGAAGAUGAUCAAGAAACGGAGGAGGAUAGCGAUUUGGAAAUCAGUGAAGCAACAACAACAACUGCCAACACUAGCAAUGCUAGGCAAGCCAACAACAACAACGCUGCUGCGGCAGCGGCUGCAGCAGCGGCGGCGGCAGCAGCAGCAGCUGCGACUGCGACGCCACCCACAACAUACACGAUGCCCACGAGCAACAGCACACCGUUAGAUCUGGACAACGAGGCGCAUCAAAGGGAUCUGGAACACGUGACUGAUCUGCGUUCCUAUGUCAAAUUGUACAGCGAUGAGCGUGUCUGCUUAAAUGAUUUCAAAAUCAUUCGCGUGCUUGGCACGGGCGCAUAUGGACGCGUUUUUCUGGUGCGCAAACUGACCAGACACGAUGCAGGCAGAUUAUAUGCGAUGAAAGUGCUCAACAAGAUAACGGUAGUGCAGAAGCGGAAAACGGCUGAGCAUACAAAAACCGAACGUGUGGUAUUGGAGGCGGUUCAGCGCAGUCCGUUUCUGGUCGGUUUGCAUUACGCAUUUCAGUCAUCUUCAAAGCUGUAUUUAGUGUUGGACUUUGCCAAUGGCGGCGAGUUGUUCACUCAUCUCUAUCAUGCGGAGCAUUUCGAGGAGUCCCGAGUGCGGGUUUAUAUAGCCGAAGUGGUGUUGGCGCUGGAGCAGCUGCAUCAACUCGGCAUUAUCUAUCGCGACAUUAAGCUGGAGAACAUUCUGCUCGAUGGCGAUGGUCACAUUGUGCUGUCCGACUUUGGACUCUCCAAGAUUCUCUCCGCUGAGAAUGAGUAUCGUGCACACAGCUUUUGUGGCACCUUGGAGUACAUGGCGCCGGAAAUUAUACGGACGGGACCUCCAGGUCAUGAUAGUGCCGUUGAUUGGUGGUCAGUGGGUGUGUUGACCUUUGAACUGCUGACGGGCGCCUCGCCAUUUGCCACCUCAGACGGACAGAGUCAGCAAUCGGAGAUCUCAAGACGCAUCCAAAAGGAACAACCAUUGAUACCAUCGUCAUUCAGUACAAAUGCCCGCGACUUUGUGCUCAAGAUGCUGGAGAAGAAUCCGAAGCGUCGUUUGGGCGGCAAUCAUCGUGAUGCCAGCGAGAUUAAGGAUCAUCCCUUCUUCAACGGCAUCAACUGGCAGGAGUUGCGGGACAAGCGUCGCAAGGCGCCCUAUAAACCCACCUUGAAUGCCGAGGAUGAUGUGCAAAACUUUAGCAAUGAAUUCACCGAUCAACUGCCCGAGGAUCCUGAAUGUGAUGCGCCUCCCUCACGCAUCCGACUCUUUAGGGGCUACACCUAUGUGGCACCCGAGCACCUGGAGCAGAUGCGUCGCGACAAUCUCUGCCAGAUUGAGUACUGCAAUCCGGAUCUGCAGAAUAUACCCACACGACCUGAUGAUCUUCAGCUGGGAACGAGCACGGUGAAAGGCGCCUAUGGCACCUGUUAUUUUGUGGUGGAUGUUACCAUGGAGAUUGUUUUUCUGGCCAAGGUGAUACCACUGUCCAAGUUCCGUGCCUCCGAGGUGGAUGCACUUACAUCCUGUGCUUUGGACCGACAAAGUCAUCAUAGCAUUGUCAACUAUCACGGCACAUUCCGGGAGAAGUGCGAGGUGUGGAUCAUCAUGGAGUAUCUGUGCGGCGAGGAGCUGUGUACCUUCCUGCAAAGCAAUAAGCUCGACGAGCAAAUCUGCCGCGAGAUCUUCUAUCAACUGGUGCAGGCAGUGCGACAUGUGCACUCCAAAAACUUCAUUCACGGCGAUCUGAAGCCCGAGAACAUCAUGUUUGUCAAACGCAAUUGCAUGGACGUUAAACUGGUCGACUUUGGCAAUGCCUGUUACAACAGUCGCUUUGUGAGCUGGAAGGAUAAACCACGUUAUACGCUGGAUUAUGCGCCGCCAGAGCUGCUCAAAGAUCCCAAUGUGGUCACUUAUUCACCGGCUGUGGAUGUCUAUGGACUGGGAGCAACGCUGUACUCAAUGCUGGUGGGUCACGCCCCCUAUCGCCUCUACCAGGGUGACUCGGAUCAUGGACCCGAGGUGCAUCACAAGCUGCGCAAGCGCAUGGAGAAGGAGAGCUUCAAUCAGACCUCAAAACGUUGGCUCACGGCGAGUCCACAGUUCAAGCAAUUGGUUAGCUGGUGUUUGCAGAGGGAUCCGGCCAAGAGGCCGCAAUUGAGUCAAAUACUGGACAGCGAUUGGCUGCUACAGCCAAGUUCAGAUGGCGAUCCUGAUGUGGAUAUUGUGCCGCUGCCAGCACAAAUUGUGGUGGAUUUGAGUGAGGAUACAAUGGAGCAGCCAGCAGUUGUUGUUUCAACGCCAGUUGUCAAGGAGCAGCCGGAAGAGCAGCAGCUGCCUGAGGAGGAGUUUCACAUCCAAGAGUUCUUUGACUCGGACUUUGAGGCCACCAGCGAUUUUCUGGGCUUUGAUGAGAAUGCGCCGCCUUUGCGUUUACCCGACGAAUACUAUGCGGAAUUGCCGUUGCCGCCAGCUGUGCCAGAUGCCACAGAGAUGCCGCCACCAGCGUUGGCGCCUCCCCCAGCAGUUGCUGCUCCUGCUGCUCCUUUAGUUUCUGCCGUUGAUGAAGUGCAGCUGAAACGUCCGCGAACGCGACAACAACGUCGCACCGAGUUAAGUCAGACGCCUUAUGAACCGGAGGACUCCAAGGCCGCUUUAUAUGCAUUGAUGCAACAGCUGGCGCCACCUGUUGAGGUGGAGUUUAAGCUGCCGCUGCCUUUGGCCAGGCCAAGACCAAGACGUUUGCCAGCUGCUGUGCCGGAAUCGGAUGAACUAUGCUAUGGUUUCUCAAAAGUCCAAACAACAUGGCGUAAAUCUCGUGCCAGUUGGCGUCAUUUCUGUCUGCUAUUGAAUGGACUGCAGCAGGUGCUCAAGAAUCGUUUCAAGAAGCAGCGACGUGUCUAUUAUCCAGGACCCAGCAUUAAGGCCGAGCGUCUGGAUGAGCAAUAUGAGAAGGCAUUGAUAUUCCCACGGCCAAGACCGCCAGCACAGCGCAAGGCGAAAAGACCGCCCAAAGUGCCACGCCCACCAACGCGUGUGCAACCGGAGAGGGCGCGGGCACUGCGGCAAAGAAAUGUAUAUGAAUGACAGCUGAUUGAAGAGAGGCAGCCAAAUGAAGAGCAGCAGGAGCAGGAGCAGCUGCAGCUGGAGCAGUUGCAAGAGAAGCAGCAGCUAAAGGAGCUGCAAUGGCAGCAGCUGCGCAGCUGACGACAGACGCAGGAAAUGACGCAUAGAAGACGUUCAAGACGUGGCUGGCAAUUGGCCAGCAUCUAGUAAAUAAAUACAUAUAAAUAUAUAUAUAUAUAUAUUUGUAUAUAUAUAGCAUAAAAAGAUGUUGUUGAAAGUGGGCCUAACAAGCAAGGAUCAUGGAGCAGCACCAAAGAUCCUGUCAAAUAGCGUUAAAAACUUAAAAAAAAAA